CCAAGAUGAUCAUUAUUUGGAUGAGCAAGCGAGCUCAUAGCAGUGACGUAUAGAGGGCGGGAGCAGAGUGAACGUCACCGGCGGGCUGCAGCAGUGAGCAGCCUGUCUGUCAAACAUUUAGCAUCACAGCCAACAUGGCGGACUGGGACGCUGACAACUUCGAGCUGGAGGAGCCGAAUCAAAAGGCGCCACAGGACAAAUGGGAAGGCGAAGACGAAGACGACGAUGUUAAAGACAACUGGGAUGAUGAGGAAGAUGAGGAGAAGAAAGACGUGAUCACGACAGUGACAAAAGUUCCCGAAAAGAAAAAGUUGAGUGAGAAGAUUAAAGAGAGGGAAAACCGCUUAAAGAAAAAACAGCAGCAGCUACAAGAAGAAGAAUUGCAAGAAGAACUUACCCCUGAAGAACAACUCGCACAGAAGUUAAGAGUGCAGAAGCUUCAAGAAGAUGCAGACUUAGAAUUGGCAAAGGAUGCCUUCGGAGUUGGCAGUACCACACUAGUUGGAAUUGACGCCAUGUGUCCAUCUUCUAAAGAAGAAUUCACAGAGUUUGAAAAAUUGCUGAAAGAAAAAAUAUCCCAGUUUGAGAAAUCGGUGCAUUAUUCAAGUUUCUUGGAUUCAUUGUUUCGGGAACUCUGUAUUUCAUUGGAAGUUGAUGAUUUGAAGAAAGUCAGCAAUUCACUUUCAGUUCUACUUAGUGAAAAACAGAAACAAGAAAAGCAAAACAAAGGGAAGAAAAAGAAGAAAGGUGUCGUACCUGGUGGUGGUUUGAAAGCACAGAUGCGAGAUGACCUGGACUAUGGCGGCUUUGACGGCGGCUACGCCCAAGACUACGAGGACUUCAUGUGACCCAGGCUCCAUGGCAAUGGUCCUGUUCCCCUUCCAACCCUGAGUUUUGCAACUCUACCUUAUUCUGUCCAGUGCCAUCCUGGAAGAUCAGAACUAUGUGUUGCCCCCUUCAUCUUGCUUCAGUGACUUCAGGGACUGUACUGGAAGCAUCCAGUCUCACCUUCUCUUUAUGUUCAUGCAUAUGGAAUUGCCUUUUCUCUCUCUU